AGAAAAUAUUUGGUUUGGGUUCAGGACAGAUGAAGGGUUAAAGGUAGAAACUGAUAAGAGACACAGAAAGACAGCGAGAGAGCAGAGCUGGGACAGUGAGACCAUUCAUCAUGGAUUUGUCUCCCGGCGUUCUGAUCCUGUGCUCCCUCAUUUGUUCAGUUGCAGGCCAGGUUCCGGCUGUCUCCAUAGAGCCUCGCGUUGCUGCCGUUCGCCAAGGAGAGUCCGUCAGCUUCAGGUGCCAGGUGACCAACGGUGGACAGCGAGUCCAACUGGAGUGGAGGAGAGCCAAUAAUCAACCACUGCUGGACAAUGUGAAGAUUGGUCCUGAUGGGUCCGUGCUGACGGUUGCGAACGCGCAACCCGGAAACCAGGGCCAGUAUCGCUGUACAGCUGUCAGUUCUGCUGGAAGCAACUCAGCUAAUGUUAUGCUGAAUGUCAAAUAUUCGCCGAAAAUACAGCUGACGCCAGCAGGACCCCUGCAGGUCAGAGUGGGCGACCCUGUGUCGGUGGAAUGCCGCGCCACCGGUAGGCCGCGACCCACAGUUGCCUGGCAACGCCAAGGCUCCACUCUCCAGCUGGUUACUGAGGAGACCAAUGAUGUCAACACUCUAAAGUGGGCGGCGAUUCGUCCGGAGGACUCAGGAGUUUACAUCUGCCAGGCCGGAAACAACGUGGGGGUGUCGGAAGCCAAAGUUGAGAUCAUAGUGGGAAGGCUGCUCGGAGCACCAGUGGCUUCGGUGAACACUGCUGAAAUGACAGUGACUGAGGGACAAUCUGUAACAAUGGAGUGUCAGGCCAGCGGCUUCCCUGCUCCUGAGAUCAGCUGGUCCAAGCUACGAGCACCGCUGCCCUGGAAGCACUCAGUAGCUGACGGUGUCCUGACGCUGACCGACGUGGGACGCCAAGACUCAGGACAGUACAUCUGCAACGCAACCAAUAUCCAUGGCUACAGCGAGGCGUACACACAGAUGGAGGUGGAGACUCCUCCAUAUGCCACCUGCCUACCUGACCAGGUGAGGCUCCGCCCUGGUGAUGCCCUGGUCGUGCAGUGCCUCGCCCACGGCUCGCACCCCAUCAGUUUCACGUGGACUCGGGUGGGCAGGGCCAGCCUACCUGCGGGAGCAGAAGCCACUAUGGAGGGAAAGUUGCUGAUAGCCCGCGUAAAGCAGAGCGACGGCGGAGCGUACAAAUGCGUCGCAACCAAUCACAUCGGCUCUAGUGAGGCUCUGGCAAAAGUCAUCAUCAAAGCUUGAAGCACCAUGAUCAUGGCCAAAAAAGAUUCUACGAGAGCAAUGACAUUUAAUAAACAUGUGUGGUUUUAUUGUGAAUAUCAGGCUCAGUGCUGUAAAGGGAAUCAAUGAUUUUUUCUUAAUUUACAGCAAAAAGGAAAGCGUUCUCUUCCACACAGUCAAAAUCAUUAAGCAUGACACAAAGCAAAGAAGAAUCUAAUUUGAUAAUGAAGCUGUUGUCAAAACUAAAGGUAAAUCAGUAUGUUUAAAUUGAAGUUAAAUAUUUUUUAAUGCUUUUAUUGAAGAGAUUUAAUCAUUUAUCAAGAAAAAGAAGCUAUAGUCAUCUGCUGUGGAUCAAAUUGAUUGUUUCACCACUUGAAUAAAAAUAUUUAAUGACA